AUGCCAUUGGAGUUUUCCUAUGCAAUUUCUAACAUAACUCCAUCAGAAUUAUUGUCUCAAGGACAAACUCUAAUAUCCCCCAACCUAAAAUUCGAGUUUGGAUUUUUCAGUCCUAGUGAUAAGUCUAAAAAUCAAUACGUGGGUAUUUGGUACAAGGGAAUUUCUCCACUUACAGUUGUAUGGGUGGCUAACAGAGAGAAUCCGCUCGCAGCUACAGACACUUCAGCAACUCUAAACAUUGCCAGAAGUGGAAACUUAGAGCUUUUGGAUGGAAACCUCAACUCUCUCUGGUCAACCAAUGUUGUCGUCCCUUCAAACAAUAGUUCUAUUGCUCUUCUCCUAGACAAUGGAAACUUGGUCCUCAGAGAUGGCAUAUCCGGAGAAAAUUUAUGGGAGAGCUUUAAACAUCCUGGGGACACUUUCUUAUCCGGGUCAGUGCUGGGUUAUAAUGUUAAAACAGGGGAGAGUUUUGGCUUGACCUCGUGGAGAAAUGAAAGUGAUCCAUCUCCUGGCAGUUUCUCUUAUGCAAUUUCCCACCAGGAUCCACCCCAAGCCUUCAUCUGGAUUAAUAGGUCAACCCCCUAUUGGAGAAGUGGACCCUUGGAUAAAUCUAAGUACGUUGGUUCUCCAAACAUGGAUAGAUCAUACCGAAGUAAGUAUCAACUCGUGGAAGAUUUUCAUAAUGGAACAACUUAUAUGUAUUUUAUGGACUGGUACAACGGCUCUGCUGUCUUGAAAUACUAUAUUUCGUCGCAUGGUGUUUUGAAGUCUGAAGUGAAACAGAGAGGAAGUAAUAUUUGGGAAACUGAAUGGCAAAAACCAGAUACUCGAUGUGGCCUUUAUGGCGUUUGUGGACCUUUUGGGGUAUGCAAUAUAUCAGAAUCUCCUAUUUGUAAGUGUUUGAAAGGAUUUGAACCAAAAUCAUAUGAAGAAUGGAGCCAGGGAAAUUGGACAGGAGGGUGUGUAAGGCAAACUAAAUUACUAUGUCUGCAGAACGCAACAUCUUCAUCGUCACAAGGAGGAAAAACAGACGGUUUUCUUAAGAUGGGAAUGACAAAACUUCCAGAUUUUUAUGAAUAUUUGGACGUUGAGGGUGUUGAUGAUUGCCAAUUAUGGUGCCUGAAUAAUUGUUCUUGCUUAGCUUAUGCCUCUGCUUACGGAAUAGGGUGUUUGAUUUGGUCGACUAAAAGUCCUCUGCUUGAUAUUCAGGAGUUUUCCUCUGGUGGACAAGAUUUUUUUCUUCGCCUUGCAAAUGCAGAACUUGGUGAGGAUAUAAGUAAGAAGAAAAUUAUUAGCCUUGCAACUAUUUCUGCUGGUGCAAUGUUAUUAGGCAUCAUUGUACUAAUUUGUUUUUGCAGAUGGAGAGCUAAUCAAAAUGUAAACAAAAGUAAGAAGGCCGCAAAGCACUUAAUCAGUUUGGUUAAGCCACCAGACAAUCCAAGAAACGUUCUUCAAUUUUCGACUCAGCUGCAGGAACCCCAGCUUCCUUUUUUUGACUUCGAUACCAUUUUAGCUGCUACUAACUACUUUAGCAUAUCAAACAAACUCGGGGAAGGAGGAUUUGGAACUGUAUAUAAGGGAAAAUUGCAAGAUGGAAGGGAAAUCGCAGUGAAAAGACUCUCAAGUAGCUCAGGACAAGGAAUUGAAGAGUUCAAGAAUGAAACCAUACUAAUCUCAAAGCUCCAACACAGAAACCUUGUUCGGCUCAUGGGUUGCUGCAUCGAGAAUGAGGAGAAAUUGCUAAUCUAUGAGUUCAUGCCCAACAAGAGUUUGGAUACUUUUAUUUUUGAUGCAAGAAAAAGAGAACAACUCAAGUGGGGUACACGCUUUAACAUCAUUCAUUGUGUUGCUCGAGGUCUCGUAUAUCUCCAUCGCGAUUCUUUUUUAAGGAUAAUACACCGUGAUCUGAAAGUCAGCAAUAUUCUCUUGGAUGAGGAUAUGAACCCAAAAAUAUCAGAUUUUGGACUCGCACGCAUUUUCCAGAGAUCAUUAGAUGAAGCAAAUACUCACAGAGUUGUCGGAACAUUAGGCUAUAUGUCUCCAGAAUAUGCUAUGAGUGGAGUGUUCUCUGAGAAAUCCGAUGUCUUUAGCUUUGGUAUCUUGAUAUUGGAGAUAAUUAGUGGUAGAAAGAACACAAGCUUCUAUUAUGAUGAGCACCACCGAAGCCUUGUUUCUUAUGCAUGGCAAUUAUGGAGUGAAUGCAGAGCAAUGGAAUUGGUAGAUGAAGCAAUAUUGGGAGACUUGUGUAGUUCAUCAGAAGACCAUGCCGAAGAUAGACCCACCAUGCCAGAUGUAGUGCUAAUGCUAAGUAAUGAAACUCAUUGCCCCAACCCUAUACAACCUGUCUUUACUGUUCAAAGCUCACCAAGACCACAAAUGCCUAGUAGUACGUGCUCUGUGGAUGAAGCCACCAUCUCCUUAGUUGAAGGGCGAUGA